AUGGUGAAUCUACAAGGGUUACAAGUCUUAGAUUUGGGUGAUAACAAGUUUUCUGGAAAAAUACCAAAAUGGAUUGGAGAAAAACUUAUAGCUUUGGUAGUUUUGAGGUUACACAAAAACAACUUCACCGGUAGAAUCCCUCGAUCUCUUUGCAAAAAUACAAAUCUUCAAAUCUUGGAUCUUGCAUAUAAUAACUUAACGGGGACCAUCCCUCGUUGUGUAGGAAAGUUAAACGGCAUGAUUGAGAGUCACAUUCUCUCAAGAAUUACGUAUCCUUUCAGUAUGAAUGAUGAUAAGAAUGUGAUUCAGGUCAUGAAAGGUGUUGAUCUUGAAUAUACAACUAUCUGGGAUAUAGUUUAUAACAUGGACCUUUCAAGCAAUAAACUUGUGGGGAAAAUACCGGUCGAGCUAACUACACUUUCUAUGCUGGUGGGUCUGAAUUUGUCUAAUAAUCAUCUGAGUGGGGGUAUUCCAAUGAGCAUUGGAAACAUGAUGAAUUUGGAAACUCUUGAUUUCUCAGAAAACGAGUUGGGCGGAAGGAUCCCUUCAAGCAUGGCAGCUUUGAACUUUUUGAGCCAUUUGAAUCUGUCACACAACAACUUGUCGGGACAAAUUCCAACAGGAAAUCAACUGCAGACGCUUAUUGAUGAUCCAUCAAUUUAUGCUGGGAACAAAGGUCUAUGUGGACCUCCACUGCCAAACAGUUGCUCAAAUCAUCAAGAUCCCACAACAACAACAACAACAAGCAAAAAGAAACACAAAGCAGCUGAGCAGACCAGAGUAUGGUUGUUUUACGUGGACAUAAUGAGUGGUUUUGCAACAGGGUUUUGGGGUGUUAUUGGAGUUCUGUUGUUCAAGAAGCAUUGGAGACAGAAGCUUUUCAUGUUUGCUGAGGAAAUGGUAGACAAGAUAUAUGUUGGAGUCAUGGUAAGAGUUGCCAAAAUCAAGAGAGGAAGAGAAGCUGCAUAG